GCUUUAUUACGUAGUUUGUGUUCUUUACAGACUGAGAAAUAUAAGGUCUGUAUCAGACAUUCAACGGAGAAAACAAGAUGAAAUUCUGUUGUCACACAGGAGUGAUUUUAUGUGUUUUAAUAUCCAAGUGUUUUGGAGAACAGCCGCCUCACAUUAUUUUUAUAGUUGCUGAUGAUUUAGGGUGGAAUGACGUUAGCUGGCAUAAUCCUACAAUGGUAACACCUAACCUCGGAGGUCUGGCUAAAAAUGGAGUAAUUUUGAAUUCGGCAUACGUACAAUAUGUCUGUACACCAACAAGAAGCUGUUUGAUGACUGGAAGAUAUCCAUUCCAUACAGGAAUGCAGAAUGGCAUUAUAAGGCCUUUGAAACCAGAUUUCCUGCCGACAGACUUUAAAACGUUACCUGAAGAACUUAAGAACUUGGGAUAUUCAACUCAUAUCGUUGGAAAAUGGCAUCUUGGCUACUGCAACUGGAAGUAUACACCAACAUAUCGUGGAUUCGAUUCCUUCUAUGGGUUUUACGGCGGCUCAGAGGGUUACUAUGAGCAUAUGAGAGCAAAAAGAUAUGAUUUCAGAUUUAACAAGGAAGUUUUUCAUCCUCCGAAAACCAAAUAUUCAGCGGAAUUGUUUGCAAACCGUGCCAUUGAUAUCAUCAACUCAGAAGAUCCGAAAUCAAAACCACUUUAUUUGUACAUUGCGUUUCAGUCGGUGCAUGACCCGUUACAGGUUCCUAAACAAUAUGAAAACAUUUAUCAAAAUAUCAGCUCCUCCACAAGAAAAACCUAUUGCGGGAUGGUAUCAGCACUAGAUGAUGCGGUUGGUAAUAUAACUGAUGCUUUACGGGAUAGAGGAUAUAUGAAUAACACACUUAUAGUGUUCACAACUGACAACGGCGGAUGCUUACGUAAAGCAGCAAGCAAUUAUCCACUGAGAGGCGGAAAAUCGACUUUAUGGGAAGGGGGUACAAAAGGGGUUGCAUUUGCCUACAGUAAAAACCUCCUAAAGAAAAGAGGAUAUGAAAAUACCGAGAUGAUACAUGCAGUUGACUGGUUUCCAACCAUUCUGUCACUUGCUGGCGGUACUCCAGACCCUUCUCUGGAUGGAGUCAAUCAAUGGCCGACUAUCAGUGCAGGGUUCAGAUCUGCACGGAACGAGUUUGUGUAUAAUAUUGACGAAGUUACAGAUCGUUCAGCAAUAAGGAUUGGCAAAUACAAGCUGAUUCAAGGACAGAUUGACGAACAAGGGUACAGGAAAGAAUUUCGGUUGUUUAACUUACAAAAAGACCCUUAUGAAAAAAAAGACAUCGCCGAACAAAACACACGUAUCGUACAGAAAUUAAGAGAUCAGUUGAACUUGCAUCGAAAGACACUAGUUCCUGCAAAAAUUGGAUCUCAUCAUGUACUUACUGAUCCCAAACUCUUUGACAAAAACAAUUUAAGUCCUGGUUGGUGUUGAGAAGCUAGUAAAACAAGAGGGCCAUGAUGGCCCUAUAUCGCUCACCUGAGUGAAAGAGAACAUAUGCAAUACUUAAUCAGAUUUGUGUUAUUGCUAAUAAUAACUGUGCUCAGUGAUAAUCCAGAGGGUGACUGUUCAUAACCAACAGGAUAUCAUUUCUAUGGCAAGCAAAAUUUUAAACAUUGCAGACCUUUUUGACUCAAAUAUGACAAACAUUUAUCAACUUAUAUUUUUUAUUUAUAGACAAUUUAACAUUUUAAACUUAUCAACACAUUCACAUGCUUGUGGUAAAAUAUAUUUGUUAGUCAUAAAUACUUAUAUGUUCAUUGUAGUGUAUGAAGAGGGCAAUCUAAUAAUGUAUAUGGUUACGGUAAGCAUUUGAAGCCUAAACCAUUUGCAAUAUUGUAUAUAGAGAAAAAAUUACAAUUAUAGUAAAUUAUAAAUU